AUGAAAAAAUAAAAAAGAACAUAGGGGAAAUAAAACACAAAAUAAAUAAAAUAAGAAAAGCUUUCAUCUAAGCGAAAAGCUAAUAAUUAAAAAGAAGGAAAAAAAAAAGUAAAAUAAGAAGAUUAUAAAGAAAUAAAAUAAAAGGGAAAAAGAAUGCUUAGCAAAAUAGUUAAGGCUUCCUUUAGCUCUAAGGGAUUCAACUUGGCAAAUGCCGUUAACACCGUCAAGUCCACCUUGAAUGCCCCCAUCAAGCAUAUUAAGAGAAAUAUUGAACCUACCGGUUCCAACUAUUCUCGUAUGACUAACACCACCGAAGAAGCUUUCGAUGAAGUUUCUCACGAAUGGUAGGCUCUCGUCACUUCUAAUCCUUUUGAUCUUAAUGUAUUUAACUAUCUUGAAAACACUCAAACUUCAAACUUCGGUACUGUUGACAAUCCUUUAGUUGUUUUCACUUCUGAAACUCCCUUCAGAUACGUUGGUUGCACUGGUCAAAUGAACGAAGAUGAUUACGAAGGUCACGAAUUGCUUUUCUUCUUAUUGAGAGAAGGCUCUUUACAAAGAUGUAUGGGUUGCGGUCAAGUUUUCAAGUUAGUUCGUCUUAGAAACGAAUACUCUCCUGAAAUGGAUUACUACUUGUCAAACUUCCACCCUUAUGAAAUGUAAGAAAUGGGUGAAAGUGAUACCACCGUUUUGAUGUCACCUUACAAGUACGCUUCUCACUACGAAUAUACUCAAUUCGAAACCCCCUCCAACAUGGUCUACUCUAUGGUUAACCCUGAUGAACACGAUAGAUUGUUGGUUGAUCCCGCCUACAGAAUGGAAAGAACCAAGGCUUUGGAAGAAAAGUAUAAAGUUUACACUAGCUCUUUGAGAGAAGUCGAAAAGUAAUUCGAAGAAAGAUACGGCCGUGCUGGUCAAAUCAACAUCUCCAAGGUUACCUACUCUACUCUUAUCGAUGUUGAAAAGGCUGUCCUCAAGAUGGACAGAUUAUUCCGUAAGGUUGCCAAAUUCGAAAACAGAGCUUUCAUUGACAGAGCCAACCACUCCAGAAGAGAAAAGAGAAUGCUCGAAAGAGCCCAACAAAGAUGGGACUCCAACUACUCCUUCUUCACUGGAUCCUUGACCGAAGAAGAACAAAAGUAUAGAGAUUACUAUGAGACUGAAUUGGAAGCUUAUCCCGAAGAUGAAGGUAUUGAACAACAACUUGACCAAUAGGAAGUCUUGUUGAGCGGUAGAUACGAUCCUAAGCUCUACGACUUCUAGGAAGGCUACACCAAGAAUCCUGAAGACGACCAAACUUCUUUAAUUGAAAAGAAGGCCUUCAAGUUCAGAUACAGAUUAGCCAACGAAACCUCUGAAACCUUCUAGAGACGUAACAACAGAAUGGUUGAAAGAUAAAUUAAGCGUUUCUAACAACCCCAAUACAAGCAUGCCUUUGAAUAACUUUAAAAAAAUAUUGCUAUUUCUAGCAACAGUGGUAACGCUCUCCACUCCGAAUACGGUUAUUUGGAACUCCUCUCUAACGAAUCUGUUCAAUUAUACAAGGACUACUACGAAUCUGAUGCUGAAGAAGAUUUCAAGGUUUUCGAAAACUUAUCUUCCAAAGAAAAGCUCGUCAUGAUUGCUAACUUCGAAAAUAAUUUACUUCCCAAGUACGACAGAUCUGAAGUCCACCUCAUCCCCAAGAGACAAUGGGAACCUGCCUUCGGUGUCUGGGAAAAUUUCCUCUACGAUAUUACUGAAUAUGCCUCCUUCAUUGCUCCCAGAGGUAAGGAAAUCGCUGCUGACUAUUAGAUUCAAUCAGCUAUCCCUCUCACUAAAGAAGAAUUGAUUGAAGCUGGUCUCUACAAAGAAACUAUUGAAAAGAAGGUAGAACCUAAGCUUGAAGCUAAAAAAUAAACCAAAAGUGAAUGA